AUCGCAUACCGGUUGAAUACCUCUCAUCUGCAGCAGAUGCAAUCAAUAGCACUGGUUGGUGACACUGCUCGCAUAUCUUCCUUGAGCCGAGUUCCUGUAGUCCAAGUUGUCGACCGCGCUCAUUCUCGACUGUCUCGCGACCAAUGUCUCCCUCCUCUCACCGUUCUUCACCCCAGAAGACUCGGAGAGUGCUAAACCGGAUCGGUACAUCCUGUGAGCCGUGUCAUCGUCGCAAGGUCAAGUGCGAUCAAUCGCAGCCUUGUGGCCAGUGCGUGCGCAACUCAUUGCAGCACGAGUGCCGAUUCCGCAAACGCGCGAGCGCCGUUCGAUCUCCUCUCGUCCCGGACGCCGCACUACGAACUCGUACUACUCAUACAGACAGACCACACGCUUCUCCACAAUCGCGAGACCCUCCGACCUCUGCUUUAGUACAUCGAUGGACUGGUGUCGAGGAUGUGCGCGGGAGAAGUCACCACUCGUGGCUCAUCAAAAAGUUUGAGCCUCUCCUGUCCCAAUGUCUCAUGGGAACCUGUGCCGCUGGCCCGUGGCCCGACACUCGCGCAUAUUCCGAGUGUGCUUCAACGGCGGCCUUGCAGAUCGAAAGCCAGCAGGAUCGUUCCACGAUGGCUCCAGUGCUGUAUGACGAGCUUCCCGAUCCGCAGACGACGGAAUGGCUGAUCGAACGUUUCUUUGCGACUCUCGGCACCACCUUCUCCAUCCUUCAUCCGCCGACAUUCCACGAUACCUAUGCGCGCAUGCGGGAGAACAGGGGCGGUGCAAGCGUGUGUUUCAUGGUGCAACUGCUCCUCGUCCUGUGCCUCGCCAAUGCCACCCUCCCAGACUCCAGCCAACCCAUCCCUCGGGACAAAAUCACCGCCUGGAUCAACCUGGCCGAAGGGCUGCCGCAAACAGCGAUGCAUUUGAGGACUUUCAAUGUGGAGAGCGUGCGCAUGUGGGCUUUGAUUUGUCUAGCGGAGCAGAUGUGGCAUUCUGACGAAUUCGCCGAUUACGUCUACUCCGGCGCAGCGCUGCGAGCAGGUGCGGCCCUUGGCCUCCACCAUUCACGGCUGUGGGACUCAUCGGGUCAGCGGCAGGGGCUCUGGGAAGCUCUCGUGGAGUUGGACCUCCAGGCCUGCCUAGCUGCCGGUAUGCCACCGUCACUUUCUUACUUCAACAGCCAGCCUACGGUUCCUGCCGGCAAUGCUAGCCGCUCUCCAUCUCCUUCUUCCGAACGUAGCACAUCUCAGACUUUAUCGCCAGAUCGGCCCACAGACCCUGAGCUUUCGGGAUCACUACAGUGCAGGCAUCGGAUCGUACAAGCUCUCAAUUGUACCACGGACCUCACGCUCGAAAGCGCGCUGGAUCUCGGUCGGCAACUUACAGCAUCCAUGCUGCCGCUCCUUGAAACUCAGUCUGGAAGCACGGAACCCCAGUCCUUCCAGCAGCAGUUCUUGGCCCAUGUGUAUGCAAAAUUCCUGGCAGCACUUCACCGACCAUUUGCGAUGAUGGAGUCGCCUGCAUUCUACUACUCUCGAACUGUCGCUCUGUCGCUUGCGCAGAAGAACGCUGCUGAGAUGUUCGCUCUUUAUACUGGCGAACCGGAUAAAGCGAGUGCCUUUGACUGCCUUCGACUGGGCGGCGGAAGCUUCUGCAAAGCGCACUCCAUCUCCGCUUUCUUGCUUCUUUGCUGGACACUACAACAUCCUGAUAGACCCGACAAUCGUGAUCCCGUGAUGUCCUGGAUCGAGCCUGGACUUGAAAUGAACGGCCGGUCUGCAACGAUCUACUCCACGGUCAACAAGCUUUUGCCUUUUGUCAAGAGUCACCCCCGGGACCAAGACAUGGCAGCUAGAACCCAUCUCAUUGGUUUCUUGACAAUUGCACAUUACGAAAUCUCUGGCGAAUGUGCGAUUGGCUCCGACGAGUUCUUGCGGAGGAUGCGGGAGAGCGCUUCAACCUGGCACCAGUAGUUGCGAAGUGCGCGCUCCCACCGUUCCCGGCUGUACAGCGCCCGGCAUAUUACAUCCUGAGAACCU